AUGAACACCAAACAGCUGAUGUGUUUGUUGGUGGCGGCGGCAGUGCUUCUGGCGAGUUCUCCGGUCGCAAACGCCAGAUAUAACGGUGAUUACAAAAACCUUGGCGGACUUGGAUAUGGCGGCUGGAACGGCUGGAACGGAUUGAACGGCUGGAACGGCUGGAACAGGUUGAACGGCUUGAACGGCUGGGAUGACGAUUAUUAUGACGGAUGGAAUGUGGCAGCCGCAGUGCUUCUGGCAAGUGCUCCGGUAGCAAACGCCCAAUACUAUGGUAACAGAUAUGGAAACAACGGUAACUACGGCGGCUGGCCCGGAAACUACGGCGGCUGGCCCGGAAACUACGGGCGGCUGGCCCGGAAACUAUGGCGGCUAUGA